CUAAGCUAUCAUUGAAAACAUGGUUCGAUAACUUCACAACUCUUUUGCAUCAACAAAUAGAUUUUCGGAACUCAACUAAUAUGGCUGUAUGCGUUAGGUGUUUCAAACAAAUUUUAAAUGAUCAAAAUCAUUGCGGUGUGUCACCUGGCGUUAUUUAUCAUCGGAUGGCCGACGAUCGCGAAAUGUCUCGUUUUCUGUAUCGUCUAACGCAGGAAAUUGUCACAUCGAGGGAUUUUUCCGACACAAACAUAAAUUCUAUUUGUGAAAAGUACUAUCGAAACUCCACUUACCGGGACAAAGCUCGGCUUGCACGAACCAUUGCGGAUCUUAAGGAUAGACUACAAGUCGAAAAUAUGGGUUUCAUAUCGGAUUCAUCACUUCUGCAAUUACCGGUUCUGAGUGAUCAUUGCUGCUGCACCAGCACCAAAUCACUGGUCAAAAACAUUCGAGAACAAUGUGACAAGGGUAUAAGUGCUCAGUCAUUUUCAAAGCUUCCAGGAAUGAAAAUUAACAAGUAUUCACAGUGUCAGGAAUCAAUUCCUUGUACUAAUGAACUGCAGCAACAUCGGAAACCUUUAAUAGAAGCAAAUACAAAUAUCGCAGCAAAGAGUUGUUCCUCAGAAUUGACCAUAGAUUCCAUCAGUACAAUAACGACUUAUAAUUUUCCAUCGUCGAUGUACACGUCACCCCAGUCGAUUAAUUUGGAAUCUCUCGCCAAACUAGACUUCGCAAUUGAGCAGAUAUCUAGCACAUCGGAAGCUGAAGAAAGGUAUAACGGGGAACCAAUGGAGGGAUGCUUUGGCAAAGGAACCAAAAAGUCCACCGACAGUUCGGCAGAUAUGGCAAUGCGAAUGGCCGCCUCUGAUAGAUUGCUUCAAAGCGGUCACAAGUGUCCGUUGCAUCAUUGUGAGCGGUUUGACCGUCUUGCAUCUAGCAGUGCUGGAUUACCCGGAGGCUGUGGAGGAGGUUGUGCCAGUGAUUUUCCGGUACCGAAGCUGGAUUCGGAAGAGUCACAGCAAGCUACGUGCUGUGGGCGGACAGUGAAGAAGAAAAAAAAGUCAGGCCCAAAAAAGAAGCAAACUUCGAAAACGAAACAGAGCAAUCGUAAUCAAAAGUAGGAAAACUGAUGCAAUUUUUUAUUCUUAAAUUCCUAAUAUAUUCAAAAGAUUUCUGAUA